AGUUUAAGUUGGCUUGGCCAUAUUUCUGUGUUAAGUACACUGAAGGAUGCCAUAUUCUCAUCAUUCCCACUCCGGGAGCUUCUGCAAGCAUGCGCAUGAUACUUUAGAAUCGGUCAUCAAAACUGCCAAAAGCAAGCAAUUCAAGGUGUUCUGUCUUACAGAACAUGUUCCACGACUGACACAGGAGCUUCUCUACCCGGAAGAGUUGGAGCUUAAUAUGAAUCCUGAAUCUUUAAUGGAUCAAUUUAAAAGCUACGUGGUAUCUGCAAGAGCAUAUCAGCAAAAAUUGAACUCUGAUUCAUACCCUGGGAAAACUAAGCUAUUGGUGGGAUUUGAGAGUGAAGGAGGCAUCAAUGAAGAGCAUCUAGAACUUUGUUUACAAUUGAGAAACGACAUUGAUGCAGAUCUCAUUGUGGGAAGUGUACAUCAUGUAAAUGGAACGGACAUCGAUUUCGAUCAGCAGACAUGGGACAGAGCAGUCACAGAGUGCGGUGGGGUUCGUGGACUCUAUAGAGAAUACUUCAAACUGGUGGACAACAUGAUCCGUAAACUCAAGCCCGAAGUGGUGGCCCAUUUUGAUUUGAUUCGACUAUUUGCCAAUACAGAAAUCGAGGUUGAAAAUGUUGAAAACGGAGAGAUUAAAUUCAAUACGGUUAAGGUGACACAGGAAGAGAAGCUAGGGAUCACCAUAGAAGAAGACUGGCCAGAGGUAUGGGCACUCAUCGAAGAUUCUGUCAACUCAAUUGUAGACCUUGGAUUGACUGUGGAACUGAACUCAUCUGCCAUACGUAAAGGUUGGAGUACACCUUAUCCUAAAAACGACAUCAUGAAUCUCAUGAUCUCGAAAGGUGUCAAGUUUGUUUUGAGUGACGAUUCGCAUGGUGAUGAUCAAGUUGGGCUGAACUAUCAAAUAGUUUUGGAAUACAUAAGAAAGAUGGGAAUAGAAAAAAUCUGGUACUACGAUUUAGACGAGAUAGAUGACUUAUCGGUCAGAGAUGGAAAAGGUCGAGUUACCCUUAACUCUACUUCGAUUAAGGAGCUAGUUCAAGAAGACUUCUGGAAAGUUAAUUAUCCUACCCUUUUUACCUAGAACAAUUAUUAGAUUCUUUUAUAUGAACCUUUUGUAGCCAAACAUUCUUUGACAUUGAAGAACAACGUCUUG